AAACUGAGGAUAGAGUAAGCGAAAAUCAACCAGAGCGGUGCUAAUAGCUAUUAGCAUUUCCUGGCUGCUCUUCAACUUUCGUUGUUGUGAAACAACUUUAUUAAUUUUUUUUUAACUGUGGAGAUGGACAGAUUUGUAGUGCGGCAUCCCAAAACGGAAAUAGCAAAAACAUCUCAAAGCAAGGAAAAGGUUUUCAAACAAGCAACAAUCGAGUCUUUACGGAGGGUGGUCGUGAUUGAGGACAUAAUGCGCUAUAAGUCCAUGUUGGAGCUUCCAGGACAGAGCAGAGAAAACCUGCUGUGCGCCCUGACCGAGCUGGACAAGAAGAUCCCAUCCAGGGAGGUACUGAAGUCCACCAAAAUAGGUCACACUGUCAACAAAAUGCGAAAACAUCUGGACCCUGAGGUGAGUUCAAUGGCAGCAAAGGUUUACACAGACUGGAGGACGUUCAUUGAGGUGAAUUCCAAUAAGCCGCCUAUUGAAGUGCGCUCCGACAGGCAAUCCGAGGGUCUCAGGAGUAAUGCCAGACGAUUGAUGGCUGAUGCCCUGGAGGUCAAGGAGGAUUGUGGUCUUGUUGACAACAUUGAGAGAGAAGUGUUCCAUCAGAGCUCCAGGUUAGUCAGCGGUUCAUACAGACGGACUGUUAGAGCGCUCGUCUUUGCCUUCAAACACAAGGUUGAGAUCAGAACCCAAGUGAAGGACGGCACAGUAUCUGUCAACCAGCUUGUUUGAAGUACAAGAAAUAGCUGAUGUUGAACUGUGCCGAGCUUCAGGCUGCACGGUGAAGACUUUUUGUUCCUUUACUUUAAAUAUGUCAACAUUCCCAGUUGAUACAUCUUUUUUUUUGUUUUGGAACUUUGAAUUAUUGUUUGUUUUCAAACAGAUCUAUCAUUUUUACACCUUUAUGUCAAAUGUGUCCCUCUUUUCCUGAAAUGAGUCAGUUUCACAGCAUAGAUAGAAACCCAACUAGAUAGUGACCCUCCAGCGAGAGCAAACCCCUCCGCCACAGGGCUGCUGUAGCAGUGAAGAAAGUAAUUUGUGCUUCACUACAGCAACCUGGGUCUGACCUUGAAUAUGUUCAAUUUCUCUUCAGGUCAGAUUUGAAAUUGCAUUUUUUUUUUUUUGAAGCCCACAUGUGACUUUCUCUCCAUGUCUAAUAGGCAUGUCUGACAGUUAAAACCACUGUAAACAAUCAAGGCUUGAACGAUCUUGAUUGUAACCUCCAAGCUCCCUCAAGGUCAGCUGCAAUAGUGUAUUUCAGAAGCCCAUAUAUGACUUCCUGUUCAAGUCUAAGGCUCUGUUUAGUCACCAUAAGCGAUCAGAAUUUGGGUUACCUUGAAUGUGAGAUUCAGGAUUGAUAAAGGUCAUAUUUUGACCUUGUGCUUUGACCUUGACUUUGACCUGGAACCUGAAAAGGUAACUGGGUUCACCCUUGAGUGGGACUUAAUGUAUGUACAAAAUUUGGUUAAAAUUCCUCAGUUAGUUUUUGGAGAUAUCAUGCAAGCAGGUGAAAACAAUAAACCCUCAGCUGACUGUGGGUGGACUUAUGUCAUCCCUGCAAUUAUUUUAUCUCUCUCACAUGCAUAAGGUAGGGUUCGCAUCAGGCAAAGCCUUCAUGAAACAGGACUGUUAAUCACAGCCUUUUUAAAACAAACCAACAACAGCAGCAACAAAAACCCCUUGGAUUCCUUAGAGGAGUUUGAAAGGUAUUUUAAAGAUAUUCUUUUGUGGCACAUCAGUCCUGUUUUGGAGCUGCAUGUAAAUCAUUGUCACGACUAACAUUUGCUUUGCAAGUCAAAUUGACUGUUUUUCCUAUAAUGUGCUGUUUUAAAUGAACCUUCUAGAAUAUAUGAUGUAGGUGUUUUUAAAAAGCUCAAUUUCGUACUUGUAGUUCUUUUUUCAUGUAUUGUUAAAGAAGCACCAGCCAUAUGAUGGCUAUCACCAUGAGAAUUACAGCCAGAACGCAGAUGCUAAUGAAGACAAUGUCACUGAAGUCAUGAGGCUCCGCCUCCUAUCCGCUGUAGUUUCACCGCCAUCCUUUUCUGCCUGCUUGGCCUGCUCCUCCAGAUGGCGCUCUUCUUCUGAAAUGAUGGACACUGAUGCUACUUUUCGCUGGGGCAUCACACUGAACUUCGUAUUCUUGCACAUUCUGCUGCUUGCCAUCAGAAAAUCAAUAUAGAGUUUGUUGACCAGAACGGUGAUGUUCUGACGUUUCCUGCAAGGAUCAAGAUUUACUGUGUUAACAGAAUCCUUGGUAUGAGGUCAAAUUCUCAUAUAACAGUGGUUAUCCAGAUUUGAAGCAUACUGCUAUUUACAUCCGCCAUAAUUAUGUUGCUAUGGCAUAUUUGACUAUUGAAUUCAAGUCAAGUCUGGAGCAUAUGCUGGUGCAGCGUGUCCCUGCAUUCACCAAACACGGCACCAAAUCGCCACAUAAAUCACCUCAAGGUGCUAUACAAGAGUGAGGUCUAGACCUUACCCAUCUCAUGAGCAAGCACAUUGGCAAUGGUGGUAAGGAAAAACUCCCUCAGUGUUAUUAAUUGUUGGAAGAAACUUCAAAACAACAGGAUCAGUGAGAUGACCAUCUGUUUCGGCCAUACUGAAAAAAGAAGCAAGUCCUAUGUAGGUCCUGAGGUCCAUUGGUGCUGGUGCUUAUCCCCAAACUCCCCCUAAGCGGAACACCAGUCUAUGGUAGGAUACUUCCCCAGCCAAGACUGGGACCCAUUUACAGCUGGGUGGAUUUGGAUAAUGCAGACAAAGUCCAGGUGGAAAAAAAAGAAGCAAGACCUGUGUAGGUCCUGAGGUCCAUUGGUGCCAGUGCUUAUCCACAAACUCCCCCUAAACGGAACACCAGUCCAUUGCAGGAUACUUCCCCAGCCAAGACUGAGACCCAUUUACAGCUGGGUGGAUUGGGAUAAUACAGACAAAGUGUCUUUUCCUAAGACACAGACAGGGGGCAUGAUGAAUUGAGCCCAGGUCUACAUUUGGGUAGUCCAGUGACAGAAACGUUGGCGCUAAACAACCACAUAUAAACUAUUGUUCACAUUGGCUAAUUGAGAUGGGAACAACAAGGUGUAGAUUAGAGUCCCAGUAAAACAGACUGCAUUAGCCAGAUCACUCAGUGUGGCAAGAGAUCUCCUAGAGCUCAACCCACAACCUGAUGUACCUACCUCCAACCCCUUCCUAAGGUGCCCAAUCAUCCAGCAAUUCAAUUAAAGGGCCUUCUUAUGGGACAAGCUAACAGCAGUUGAUGCUAACCAUUUGCAACAACUGCACUUAGCGUGUGCGAUCAGGAUCACAAUGAUUAACACUAAUUGUUAGUGUUAAUCGUGGUUUGCGCCACAGCAUAUGCUGACACCAACUAACACAGGUUUCAAUUAACCAUAGCUACCAUAAUCCUUUAUACGUCAAACGUGUCUAUCGAUGAGCAUGUCUGGCACAACUGGUACCGGUCCGCAUCCAGAAAUCCUUUAAUAGCCAGAAAACAUGUGUGAAAUGACAUUUGACCAUUUUGGCUAAUCACCUGGCCUGCAGUACCGCAGUUGACAAACCGAGCAAGUAUCUUGUAGAACGUGGCCGUUAGUUGGGCAGCACAGGUUGGAUCUCCCAAGUAGAUGCUCUCACGGUCCAGCUGAGGGAGGGACUGCUGGGGUAUCAAAAUGGAGAAUUCUGUUCUUGUGCAGCUAACGUUUACAGGUACCACUUGGAUUAUAGGA